GCCUGCUUAAAACUUGGGCUACCAAAUUUUUCCGUCACUUAUAUUGCAUCUGAUUUCUUGGAUUUAUUUUGUUUUAAUUAUUCAAUUAUGUAUCCAAAACGUGUUACUUACUCUCGCGAUUAUUUAAAAUGUUUUCAACCGGAUAAUUUACGAGUAUAUAAUAACCUUAAGAAAAAGCACCAUGGUGGGUGGCAAAGAUCCUUAAAGUGUACUCCAAUGCAUCAGAUGACUGUUCCUGUGAUUAUGAGCACUAAUUGCAGGUCAUUAUCGAACAAGAUUAAUCACUUGGAUUCUCUAUUAUAUUCAAAUAUUUAUCGUAAUACUGGUGUAAUAACGCUUCAGGAAACUUGGCUACACGACUCAUAUGAUGAUAAUUUAAUCUUAAUAAAUGGUUUCAAUAUGUACAGACAAGACCGGAGUAGUUCAAGGAAGAAGCGAGGCGGCGGUGUUGCUACCUUCAUCAAUUCUCAGUGGUCUGUUGCCAACAACGUCUGUUUUAAAUUCUCAAAUGAUAAUAUUGACUGUAUAACUGUCAAAUGUCGACCUAGACACCUAUCUAAAUACAAAUUCAUUUAUAUCACGAAUAUUUAUAUCACACCUUGUUGUAGCACUUCAGAAUUAUCUAUGUUUGCUGAUGAAUUCACUAUUUUCGCUGCCGCCUCUUUUGGUAACUCCCUGUCCAUAGUGACAGGUGAUUUUAAUUCAUGCGACUGCAGCUUUCUCACAGUGAUAGGUCAUGAAAAUAUUGUCAACUUUCCCACCAGACUGGAUAAUUCCCUUGAUCUUGUAUUUAUCAAUGACUCCGGAAUAUACGAAGCUCGUAAAAGAGCUCCACUGUUUAACUCAGAUCAUUGUAUUGUACGGGUUUUACCUAAAAUUUAUGGAAAAUUACACAAGAGAACUUUCUCACACCUUUCCAAGAAAACUGUACAUGGAUGUUACUCUAUGGAGAAUGUUCAGAACCUUAGAAGCAUGCUCAAAGAUACAAGGUGGGACCUGUUUAAAGAAGACUCUCUUGAUGACACAAUCUCCAAUAUUACAAGUUAUCUCAAAUUUUGUCUUGACACCUGUUGUCCGAGAGAAACGCUCUUUAUCAGAUUUGACAGUUUCUCCUCUCCUCAACUUAAAAAGCUUCGCAGACAGAAAGAAAAAUUAUAUAAAAUGAAGGAUAAUGCUGGUUUGAAAAGAAUUAACAUCCUAAUAAAGUCCGAAAUGCACAGAUUGAAUUCAAUUUACAACCAAAAGUUCAUAUCCUGUAAAAAUGCGUCUAACAUAUGGAAACUUUUCAAAGAAAUUACUGGUGGUAAGCAGAUGAACAGUAUUCCUUUUCCCCUUGAUGUUUCCAAACUAAACAAUUCCUUCAUACAUUCUCCCACGAAUGCCAAACUUUCUAGUGUUACAAGUAUUAAUGAAACCUGCUUUCCUGGAUUUACUACAAAUGACGUUCUAAAAUGUCUCCAGUCUAUGAACCCUUCUUGUAGCCUGGGUCCAGAUGGUUUGCCUAGUGUUAUUCUUAAACAUUGUGCAGAUAUCCUGUGUUAUCCUCUCAUGGACAUAUUCAAUGAUUCUUUUUCCAAAAAUGUCGUGCCAGCCGCUUGGAAGGACAUUAAAAUUGUACCUAUUCCUAAGUCGUCUACUGCGACAUGUUUUAAAUUCAGACCCAUUGCUAUUACUUCCCCUUUUCUAAAAGCUAUGGAAAAGUUGCUCUUACUUAAUCUUCAGCCUUCACUUAAAGCCUUUAAUGAUCCCAAACAGUUUGCCUACAAACAUAGUAGAAGUACUUUGGACGCAGCUGCAGUCCUGCAUCAUAACAUUGUCUCCAGCUUAGACAAGGGGGCUAAAUUUGUUCGCUGCACAUUUCUAGACUAUACAUCUGCUUUCGACACAGUACCUAGGGACAUUUUACUAAACAAGCUUGCUGAAACUCAAACUGACUGUUGGGUUGUCAAAUGGCUCCAUUCUUAUUUCUCAGAAAGAAAGCAAUACACUGUAUAUCAGGGAAAGUCGUCCACUUCAUUGCUUACUCAGGCUGGUGUCCCUCAAGGCGCUGUCCUUUCUCCUUUUCUGUUUUCUUUCUUCUUGCAUGACUUGCCUCACCACGAGGAAAUGAACUUUGUUAAGUAUGCCGAUGAUUUAACUAUUUCAAUGUCUGUUAACUCUCAACUUGACUGUAUUAAGAUUAACAACUUUCUAUCAGAAAUUAGCAAAUGGUCUUCGUCUAACGGCCUUAAACUUAAUCCUUCCAAAUGUCAGACUGUUAAUUUCAGUUUCCGAUGUAAACGAAAGUUAAAUGAAGCCGUUGGUUCCUAUGACCCUUGCAAAAUCGAUGAUACUGAUAUAGAAACCCAGUCUGAAGUUAAGUAUCUUGGAUUAGUUCUCUCUUCUGACCUAUCUUGGUCUUCUCAUGUCUUAGCGAUUUCUCAAAGAAUAUUUCGUUUGACUUUUUACAUUAAGAAGUUAAGGCACUCAGGCAUAACGCAACCACUCCUCUUACAGUUUGUCAACUCGUGUAUUUUACCUAUUCUUCUUUACUGUUCACCCUUAUUCUUUCCUGGUUUGCUUAAAAAAGAUUAUGUCAUACUUCGUAGAACUCUGAGGACUGUCAGUAGGUCUAGUGGUAUCCCAUUGGGCCAUAUCGUUGGCAUUGUCACCGAUAGGCAUUUGAUGUCAUGCAACAGAUUCGCUAGAGGAAUUUUGUCAGACUCUGAGCACCCACUCUACCCGCAGCUCCAACCUUGUGUCUCCUCAGGUAAAACAAGAAGUCUUUUCAGAAGACUUUAUGCACGUACGUCUAAGUAUAAAAAUUCCACUAUACCAUAUUUAGCACGUACUCUAUGUGAUGAAAAUAGUGUCAGAAAUGAACUAACUAACCUUCUUAGCUCCACUAAAUAGACCGUUUCCUUCAACCUUAAAGCAUCAUACUUUAUUGUUAUUGUAUUUCUUAUAUUUAUAAUCCUCUCAAUUUUUUCGUUUUGUUUAUUUUAUUUUUCAUAACUGUGGACAUAAUUUUAAGCUGUAUUAUGACUGUUAACUUUGUAUUUCACCUCACUAUACUAUAUCAACAGAACAUUAGACCCAAUAAUCUAUAACAUGCUAAAGUUUCCAAACUGAAUUGACAAUACCGUUUGAAACAAACUCACUGUUAUUAGUAUUUAUUAUUAUUAUUACUAUUAUUAUUAUUACUAUAUCUAAUAAUUAUGUCGUUAAUGUGGACAAAUUUCUGUGAUUAAUUUUUGUUUUAAAUUUUUAAUUUUAUAUACACUUUGAGUAAAUCAGAUGCAAUAUUGUGACAAAUGCUGAG